UAUCAAUAAAAAAAGGGGAAAAGAAAACAGAAGUUUAGUUAAUCGGAUUGAAAAGAAGAGGCAGGGAAAAUGAGCACAAACCUAUCUUCAAAGCCUGAAUUAUCACCGGAUCAUGAAGAAAUCUUCAUUGAGAAAUAUUUUGAGACCCUGAGUCAGUUGGCAUUCGACAAAGCGAAAGAACAAUUGGAUAAAGAAAAGGAGGCGAGUCGAACAUCAAGCGGUACCAGCGGAGGGGGUAGUUGGACCACACUUCUCAAUGCCCUGACCUUCCUCAAUGCUGCGGAGAAGAGCUACACUUCACUUACAUUUCUCGAGCUAAAAUGGUUUGCCAGAAAAGAGUCUACCAGGAAGGGUCUGUACACAGUAGCAAUGGGUGAACUGAGACGGAUCGAGGCUAAAUGUCAUGAGGUCGGGUCACUGGAAGGUCAUGGGUCAUUGUCCUCCAGAGAUAGACUCCUUGCUCAUCUAUGUGAGCAGCUGAGUCAUUUCAUAGAGGCCAGACAGGAUUUGAUGAACAUAUAUGAGCGCUUGUGUACCCUGGGCAUACAGAAAAAUGAAGUGGACUUUGUUGAACUAAAAUGUGCUGUGGAAGACAUCCGAGAAAGGACCUCCAAACGGUUUCAUCACCCAGUCCUUGUCCCGAUCCGUAAUAGUUUCAGUGUAGAGCUUGAGCUUCUUUUCACCUUGAUGCAGACUGAAUGUCACAUGAGUUCGUGGAGGUUCCUCCCUGCUCUUCUCUGCCUACAAGACCUACAUGCCAAGCUGGAUGCAUGGGGAGCUGCAUUCAAAGCUAAAGAUCCCAAGAAGAAGUUGUACUCCCUUGUUCAAGUGAAGAAUUCAGGCAUUCCUCCUCUGUUUGUUUGGUUGGUUAAGAUGCAAGGAUCUCAAAUAUCUAAGUUCAGCCUUUACUUUCACAGCACACUGAGUAAACAAGCACCACCAGGGGAGAUGAAGACACACCUCUCAAAUCUUCCCAUUGAUUAUUAUAACAAGAUAGUUGCCUUUCAGCGUAAGACUGACGCAUUCAACAUAUCCUUGGUUCUCAAUACCCAGGCAUCCGGUAUCAACUUCCAAGGCCUUGGGUACCAUUUCCCGUCAGAAAUGACAGAGCCUCCCACCGGUAUGGAUAGCUACCCGGCCAUCUUCUCCUAUCCAAAUGAGCGACCCACAAACCUAUGGCCAAACAUUGUGAUGUUGAUAAUGACCAAACACGAAGCCGGUUCAUUAGACAGUAUAACAUAUGAAUGUGACAAGAUAAGUAAACAGCCUCAAAUGAUGACUUAUUUCAUCGGCCAUGUGGACCGGAGAAUGAACCUCGUCGUUUUGUUUGAAAGCAAAAAAUCCGAAAGGGACUCAACCACAAAUAGCUUCAUUCAAGAGAUGUGUAGCCUUCUACGAGGGAGCAGGUUACUGGCAAGUCUUAGACCUGGUACUAAAAGCUGAGACUAGACUAGACUGGCUUGUUAAGACUAGUCUUGGAUGAGGUCGUAAAUCGCAGAUGAUCCUGUCACAGCCCUGUUAAGAACCGGUAAUUAUUAGUCCGCAGCCGAUGACUAACGGUUGACUAGACCUACUGGCAGCUCAGCGUCGUCGAACAUCCAAUGCCGACCCGCCAACGGCCUUCCAGAAGGUCUGGGCCUUUACGUGCGUCGGACUCUGACUCUGUUGAACCCAGAAAUAAAACUCCCCGUACAUGAGAUUUCCACAAUUAAGACAAAUAAAAUAAGGCAUGUUCGACUUCUGAAGAUUAGCAAACAGGCUAAAAAGAAGUAACACAGCUUCCAUCGCUGGUAGAAAUGAAUUUAAAGGACUUGGGUAUUUUGGAGGCUGGAAAUCAAUAUCUCGGUCACCAACCGCGCCAAGGAUCAACAUGCACGUCACCCAUGACAUAAUCUACAGAAUUUUAUAUUUGACCUUUACAAAAUUAUUAAAAUUUAUGUUUUAAAUGAUUUUGCUAAUUUUUGCUUGAUAUUAUAAUUAAAUCAAUAAAAUGAUGCCUUUGAAGUGCAAUUUGUUUGUUGAGACAGACUGUAUGAUUAUGGUCAAAUGUUCAUUAAAAAAAUAGGUAUAAAAAUUUGUUUCUUAUGUAUUUUUUUUCAAGGUACUUUUUUGUUUUUCAUUUUUUCAUUGAUUAUUUCAAUGGACAUUGUUGGUGACAGUUUUCUGAUCAGAUAUAACAUGAUAUAAAUUGAUUGUUAUCUAUAAAUGAAAUAAACAUUACGAUACAGUUAUGAAUUUUGGCUAGUAGCAGAAUUUUCCUCAGAUUUGUACAUGAAUUCACAUUUUUUUGCAAGUUUGGAUCUGACAUGCACUUACAGAAUGUUACGUGCUUUCAGAGGUGUGUGCCCAGGCAACGCAAAUUUCAUCUCAAAAGUUAUGCAAAACUUGAAAGAAAAAAGUGAUGAAAGGACACAGCCCAAACAUUUUAUGUUGCACAAUUAUCAUGAAAAAUUUGGAGGGGGGCCUUUUACACCCCCCC